GCAUCACCGCAUUUGCACUAAAUUAAAAUAAAGAUUCAAAGUAUCACUGUGUCUUGAGUCAAGACUGCCCUCUGGAACAUCUGUGCUGUUGCUAAGGGGACAGAAUAUCCAUAACAAAAUGUAUCCGAAGCAUUUGCAUUUAUCAAACCAUCCCGUCACAGACAAAACGGUUGAUUUUUCACCGGCUUCUACCGUCAAAAGAAGAAAAAAGCUUGCAAAUGUAAUUAAUCUCAAACAAGUGACCGGUCAGCAUGAAGGGACUGGUGGCGGAGGGGCGCCUGGAGCUGAUGCAGGUGUACAAGCUGCUUCAGUGCGUGCGCAACCGGGACAAGGCCCAAAUUGAGAAGAUGGCCCGACUGGGGGUCCCCAACCUGAUCAACCUCUCUGAACCCCAGGAAGGCCUCAGCUCCCUGCACCAGGCAGCCGAGGCUAACGACGGCAACAUGAUCAACUUCCUGCUCGCUCAAGGGGCCCUGCCUGACCUGCAGGACAAGGCGGGGUGCACCCCGGCGAUGCGGGCCGCCAAGCUGGGUCACUACGGCAUCAUCGAGCUGCUCGGCAGCAAAGGGGCCGACAUGAAAGCGGUGGACCUGGAGGGGAGAGGUACCGUCACAGUUCGGGUCCUGCAGUGCGUUCACAUGCUCAACAAGGUGUUGACCAGAUAG